UACAUUUACUUCAGUCACCCACUACCACCUUAGAAGCCACACUUUACAUUCGAAACAGUAUUGUUUAUAUUUUGUCAUUUGUUUGGUCAUGCUCUCAGUAUUAUCUUGCUUCGUUACUCCUUGUUGGUUUUCUACGGAAUGUUUAUUGGCAUGGGAUAGUCGCAAGUAAUUAAAGACAAAUCACAACUCAGUAGUCAUCCAAUUCCAAAAAGACAGCUUUACAAAGCAGCAGCUUCAAAACGAGCGAAGUAUUCAUAAAGGAGAAUGCAGAGAGGCAAAUAUAAAGAAGAAAAGAAAUGGGAAAAAAGAGUACUUGCUGAAGAACAGGAGCUUUCCUCAUUCUUAGUUCGUCUCACAACAAAGCAGCUUCAAAACGAGGGAAGUAUUCAUAAAGGAGAAUACAGAGAGGCAAAUAUAAAGAAGAAAAGAAAUGGGAAAAUAGAGUACUUGCUGAAGAACAGGAGCUUUCCUCAUUCUUAGUUUGUCUCACAACAAAGAGAUGUAAUUGUACCUAGUACAAGAAAAUCAAGGUCAAAGCAUGGACGCUGUGUCAUCCGCACUACUAGAGCCAGUAACUAAUUCUGUGUUGGAUCUGAUUAAAAAGCAAGUGGAUUACAUCCGUUAUAGGCAAAACAUUGAUGAACUAGACGAGUGUGUUAAGCAGCUUAAACAUAAAAAGGAGAUAGUAGAUCAUAAAUGUGAGGAAGCUGUCAAAAAUGGACACGAAAUUGAAGGUAAGGUUAGAGAAUGGUUAGGGAAAGUGGGUAAAUUUGAGACAGAAGUGGAGAAGUAUCGGAAGGAUGAUGGCCACAAAAAGACACGGUUUUCCAAUUGUUUAUUUCUUUACUUUUGGCAUAGACUAGGCAGACUAGCAAAGAAGAUGGCAGUUGAGGGUAAAAAGAUAACCGAUGAUUGCCCCAAUUCUGAUGAAAUUGCCUAUCGGGUAUACGUAACAUCUAAUGAUGCCAUUUUGUCUAAUAAUGACCUUAUGGAUUUUGGUUCUAGAAAAUCCAUAAUGGAACAAAUAAUGGCAACACUUGUUGAAGAUCCCACUGUGAAAAUGAUUGGAGUGUAUGGACGAAGUGGGGUGGGUAAGAGCACUUUAAUCAAAGCAAUUGCUAAAAUUGCUCGAGACAAGAAGUUGUUUAAUGUGGUGGCUUUUUCAGAAAUAACAGACAACCCCAAUCUAAAACAAGUCCAGGAAGAUAUUGCUUACCCUUUGGGAUUGAAAUUGGAAGGAGAAGGUGAGAAUGUAAGAGCUGAUAAUCUACGAAGGAGGUUAAAGAAAGAGAAAGAGAACACCCUUAUAAUCUUGGAUGACCUUUGGGACAGAUUAGACUUGAAUAGGUUGGGAAUUCCACUUGAUGGUGAUGUUGAUGAUAAUGAUUUAAGCAAGAAGACAAAUAGUGAUAAUCAGGGUCCCCAAGGGCCGACAAAAGAAAAAUCUCUUGGUGAUUAUAAGGGUUGCAAAAUUUUGCUAACUUCAAGGAAACAAAAUGUAUUAACGGAUAAAAUGGAAGUUAAAUUAACUUUCUGUGUAGAGGAAUUAGAUGAAAAAGAUGCUCUGAAGUUGUUUCGGAAGGAGGCUGGAAUACAUGGUGAAAUGUCCAAGUCUAAACAAGAAAUUGUUAAGAAGUAUUGUGCUGGGUUACCUAUGGCAAUAGUUACAGUUGGAAGGGCAUUAAGAGACAAGAGCGACUCAGAGUGGGAAAAACUUAAAAACCAAGACCUGGUGGGAGUUCAGAAUCCGAUGGAGAUUUCUGUAAAAAUGAGUUAUGACCAUCUAGAAAAUGAGGAGCUCAAGUCCAUUUUCUUUCUUUGUGCUCAAAUGGGUCAUCAACCCCUAAUUAUGGACUUGGUGAAGUAUUGCUUUGGUUUGGGAAUACUUGAAGGGGUCUACUCGCUUGGGGAAGCUCGGGACAGAAUAUCUACAUCAAUCAAAAAGCUGAAAGACUCAGGUUUGGUGUUGGAUGGAAGUUCUAGUAUUCAUUUCAAUAUGCACGAUCUGGUUCGAGAUGCUGCUUUAUCUAUAGCACAGAACGAGCAAAAUGUAUUUACUUUGAGAAAUGGGAAACUUAAUGAUUGGCCUGAACUCAAGAGGUGCACUUCUAUUUCUAUAUGCAAUAGUGAUAUCAUUGAUGAGCUUCCUAAUGUUAUGAACUGUCCUCAACUUAAAUUUUUCCAAAUUGACAAUGAUGAUCCAUCUUUAAAAAUACCUGAGAGUUUUUUUAAGAGAAUGAAAAAACUCAGAGUGUUAAUAUUGACUGGCUUUCAUCUAUCAAGCUUACCAUCUUCAAUUAAGUGCCUAUCAGACCUCAGAUUGCUUUGUUUGGAGCGAUGCACUUUAGAUGACAACUUAUCCAUCAUAGGGAAGCUGAAAAAAUUAAGAAUUCUCAGCUUUUCUGGAUCUCGAAUUGAAAAUUUGCCAGCUGAGUUGAAGGACUUGGAUAAACUACAAUUACUAGACAUCAGCAAUUGUUCAAUAGUCACCAUGAUUCCACCUAAUCUUAUAUCAAGGUUGACUUCGUUGGAAGAGCUGUAUGUAAGAAAGUGUUUCAUGGAAGUGUCGGAGGAAGGAGAGAGAAACCAAAGUCAAAAUUCAUUUAUUUCUGAACUAAAGCAUUUGCAUCAAUUGCAAGUGGUGGACUUAAGCAUUCCAUGUGCUGAAUUUUUUGCAAAGGAAUUGUUCUUUGACAACUUAAGUGAUUACAAGAUUGAGAUUGGGAACUUCAAAACUCUUUCAGCUGGAGAUUUCAGAAUGCCUAAUAAGUAUGAAAAUUUCAAAUCUUUGGCAUUGGAGCUGAAGGAUGACACUGACAAUAUUCACUCUCAGACAGGAAUAAAGUUGUUGUUUGAAACAGUUGAAAAUUUGUUUUUGGGAGAGCUGAAUGGUGUUCAAGAUGUUAUUAAUGAGUUGAAUUUGAAUGGAUUUCCACAUCUGAAACACUUUUCCAUCGUAAACAACCCUAGCAUCAAAUAUAUCAUCAACUCAAAGGAUUUGUUUUAUCCUCAGGAUGUUUUUCCCAAGUUGGAAUCUCUAUGCCUCUACAAACUAAAAGAGAUAGAGAUGAUAUACUUUAGUUCAGGUACAGAGAUGAUAUGCUUUAGUCCAUUUACAGAUUGCUCGUUCACCAAAUUGAAAACGAUCAAGGUCCAGAAGUGUGACCAAUUGAAGAAUCUUUUCUCCUUUUGCAUGGUUAAAUUGCUUGUGAGUCUUGAAACAAUUGGUGUUUCCGAUUGUGGUUCUUUAGAGGAGAUCAUUAAAAUACCUGACAAUUCUAAUAAGAUUGAGUUUCUUAAGUUGAUGUCUUUGUCACUUGAAUCAUUAUCAUCAUUCACUAGUUUUUAUACCACAGUAGAGGGGUCUUCUACAAACAGGGAUCAGAUACAAAUUACUGUUAUGACUCCUCCUCUUUUUGGUGAACUGGUUGAAAUACCAAACUUAGAGAACUUGAAUUUAAUCUCAAUGAACAAGAUCCAGAAGAUAUGGAGCGACCAGCCCCCGUCAAACUUCUGCUUUCAAAACUUAAUAAAAUUAUUUGUGAAAGAUUGUGAAAAUUUGAGAUAUUUGUGUUCAUUGUCCGUGGCCAGCAGUUUGAGGAAACUGAAAGGCCUCUUUGUAAGCAACUGUAAAAUGAUGGAGAAGAUUUUUAGCACAGAAGGAAAUAGUGCAGACAAGGUUUGCGUCUUUCCUGAGUUAGAGGAAAUCGACCUCGACCAAAUGGAUGAGUUAACAGACAUAUGGCAAGCUGAAGUGAGUGCUGAUUCCUUUUCUAGUCUCACUUCUGUGUACAUUUAUAGGUGCAAUAAACUAGACAAAAUUUUUCCGAGUCACAUGGAAGGAUGGUUUGCGAGUUUGAACAGCUUGAAGGUUUCUUAUUGUGAGUCAGUGGAAGUGAUUUUUGAAAUCAAAGAUUCUCAGCAAGUAGAUGCAUCUGGUGGGAUAGACACAAAUUUGCAGGUUGUUGAUGUAUCCUAUCUCCCAAAGUUGGAGCAAGUGUGGAGCAGGGAUCCAGGAGGAAUUCUUAACUUCAAAAAACUGCAGAGUAUAGAGGUGUAUUAUUGUGAAAGAUUGAGGAAUGUAUUUCCAGCUUCUGUGGCCAAAGAUGUUCCAAAGCUUGAAUACAUGUCGGUCAGACGGUGUGAUGGAAUUGUGGAAAUUGUUGCCUGUCAAGAUGGAUCCGAAACAAACACUGAACAAUUAGUGUUUCCUGAACUAACCUACAUGAAUUUAAAUGGCCUACGAAGCAUCCAGCAUUUCUACAGGGGGAGACAUCCUAUAGAGUGUCCAAAAUUGAAGAAGUUGGAAGUAGACGAAUGUAACAAGAAGCUAAAAACAUUCGGAACCGGAGAAAGGAGCAAUGAAGAAGAUGAAGCAGUUAUGUCAGCUGAAAAGAUAUUCCCCAACUUGGAGUUUUUGGAUAUUCACUUUGACGAAGCACAGAAGUGGUUAUUGAGCAACACUGUGAAGCAUCGAAUGCACCGUUUAAAAGAGCUUAGGUUAACCGAAGUUAAUGAUGGUGAACGUCUCUGUCAAAUUCUGUACAGAAUGCCAAAUCUAGAAAAGUUAUUAUUGUGGGAAGCUAAACAUUUGCUUAAAGAGUCGUCGGAGUCACGUUUGGGAACCGUAUUACAGCUGAAGGAAUUGGUUUUGUCAUCGUCAGAGAUAAAGGAUAUAGGAUUUGAACGAGAACCAGUUCUACAGAGACUAGAGCUUUUGAGCUUAUCUGAGUGCCACAAAUUGAGGAAUUUGGCUCCUCCCUCGGUAUCAUUGGCUUACUUGACAAAUUUGAAUGUAAAGUAUUGUAAAGGAUUAAGGAAUUUAAUGGCAUCCUCAACUGCAAAAAGCUUGGUUCAACUUAAGUCCAUGACGAUAAGCGGAUGUGAUGAAUUAGAGGAAAUAGUAAGCAAUGAGGGAAAUGAAGAAGCAGAGCAAAUAGUGUUUGGCAAAUUGAUUACUAUAGAACUUGAGUGGCUAAAAAAGCUGAAAAGUUUUUGCAGUUACAAGAACUAUGAAUUCAAAUUCCCGUCAUUGGAAGUAUUGAUUGUGAGAAAAUGCCCAUGGAUGCAAAGAUUCACGGAGGGUGGCGCAAGAGCAGCAAAGUUACAAAACAUAGUUACUGCUUAUGAAGUUGGAAAAGAGGAAGCCAAAUGGCAGUGGGAAGGAGACUUGAAUGCCACCAUACAAAAUGUUUGGGAAGAUCAGCUUUUGGAGUCUGCAAGUACUGCAUCAUCUCUUAGUCUCAGAUAUAGCCCACUCCAAGUGAUAUGGCUUGACUCACGGCGGAUCACAAAGUCGUGCUUCAGUAAGUUGAAGUCUUUGACUGUGUACGGAUGCCAAUUUUUAACAGAUGUUGUCAUACCCUUCUAUUUACUUCCUCUCUUAACUAAUUUGGAACAAUUACAAGUCCGAAACUGUGGUUCUGUGAAAAGCAUAUUUGACGUGACAACAACUAAGGGAGCAGCAGCCUUCCCUAGACCUCUCCCUUUUUCCCUCAAGAAAUUGACUUUAGAGAGGCUGCCAAAACUGGAGAAUGUCUGGAAUGAAGAUCCUCAUGGAAUUCUAACCAUGCAACUUCUACAACAUGUUAUUGUUGCAGAGGAUAAUGCAGAUCCAAGAGAAGCAAAUCUGGAGCUUACGUUCCCGGGUCCCUGUGUGAGGUCAUUGAAACUACAAGGUUUGCCCAAGUUCAAGUAUUUUUACUACUGCUCACUCCAGACACCUACCGAGGAUGAAAUGCCUACAUCCAACUUACAGUGCCUGUCACUCGGUGAAAAAGGACUGGAGAUGAUCAAGCGUGGAGAAUUUCAGAGAAACUUCUUACACAAGUUACAAGUUCUUACUCUGUGCUUUCAUAUUGGGUCGAAUGUAUUUCCAUAUGAAAUUCUACAACUGGCGCCCAAUAUAGAGAAGCUUGUGGUGUGUGAUGGUUCCUUCAAGGAGAUUUUCUGCUUUGAUAGUCUUAAUGUGGAUGAGGCUGGACUCCUAUUACAGCUCAAAGUCUUAUGCUUGGACUCCCUUCCAGAGCUUGUUUCCAUUGGGUUAGAGAACUCUUCGAUUCAGCCCUUACUGGGAAAUCUAGAAACCUUGGAAGUAAUAGGUUGUUCUAGUUUAAAAGACUUGGUACCAUCUACAGUGUCUUUUUCCAAUCUGACAUAUUUGGAAGUAGAAAGAUGCCCUUGCCUGCUAUUUUUGUUCACAUCCUCCACAGCAAGAAGUUUGGGGCAACUCAAAACAAUGAAGAUAAGUUGCUGUUAUUCAAUUGAAGAGGUAGUAGUCUCUAAGGACGGGGAUGAAUCACAUGAGGAGGAGAUUAUAUUUCCGCAGCUCAAUUGUUUGAAACUUGAAGAACUACCAAAGCUGAGAAGCUUCUAUAAAGGAAGUUUAUUAAGUUUCCCAUCAUUGGAGGAAUUGUCAGUAAUCUCUUGCGAGUGGAUGGAAACAUUAUGUCCAGGUACCCUUAAAGCAGACAAGUUGGUUCAAGUUCAACUUCAGAAGAGUUAUUCUUGGAGGCACUCAGAUCCUAUCAAAUUGGAAAAUGACCUGAACUCUACCAUGCGGGAGGCAUUUAGGGAAAAGCUUUUGGAGUCUACAAGUACUGCAUCAUUUCUUAGUCUCGGAGAUAGCCCACUACAAGUGAUAUGGCUUGACUCACGGUGGAUCCCAAAAUCGGGCUUCAGUAAGUUGAAGUCUUUGACUGUGUACGGAUGCCAAUUUUUAACAGAUGUUGUCAUACCCUUCUAUUUACUUCCUUUCUUAACUAAUUUGGAACAAUUACAAGUCUCGGACUGUCGUUCUGUGAAAAGCAUAUUUGACGUGAAAACAGCUAUGGGAUUGGGAGCAGCAGCCUUCCCUAGACCUCUCCCUUUUUCCCUCAAGAAAUUGACUUUAGAGAGGCUGCCAAAACUGGAGAAUGUCUGGAAUGAAGAUCCUCAUGGAAUUCUAACCAUGCAACUUCUACAACAUGUUAUUGUUGAGGAAUGUAAAUGCCUUACAAGUGUGUUUCCCGCAUCAGUAGCCAAAGAUCUUGAAAAACUAGUUGUCAAAGACUGUAAGGAAUUGAUGGAAAUUGUUGCAGAGGAUAAUGCAGAUCCAAGAGAAGCAAAUCUGGAGCUUACGUUCCCGGGUCCCUGUGUGAGGUCAUUGAAACUACAAGGUUUGCCCAAGUUCAAGUAUUUUUACUACUGCUCACUCCAGACACCUACCGAGGAUGAAAUGCCUACAUCCAACUUGAAGUGCCUGUCACUCGGUGAAAAAGGACUGGAGAUGAUCAAGCGUGGAGAAUUUCAGAGAAACUUCUUACUCAAGUUACAAGUUCUUACUCUGUGCUUUCAUAAUGGGUCGGAUGUAUUUCCAUAUGAAAUUCUACAACUGGCGCCCAAUAUAGAGAAGCUUGUGGUGUACAAUGCUUCCUUCAAGGAGAUUAAUGUGGAUUAUACUGGACUCCUAUUACAGCUCAAAGCCCUAUGCUUGGACUCCUUUCCAGAGCUUGUUUCCAUUGGGUUAGAGAACUCUUGGGUUCAGCCCUUACUGGGAAAUCUAGAAACCUUGGAAGUAAUAGGUUGUUUUAGUUUAAAAGACUUGGUACCAUCUACAGUGUCUUUCUCCUAUCUGACAUAUUUGCAAGUACAAGAUUGCAACAGCCUGCUAUAUUUGUUGACAUCCUCAACAGCAAGAAGUUUGGGUCAACUCAAAAGAAUGGAGAUAAAACGGUGUGGUUCAAUUGAAGAGGUAGUCUCUAAGGAGGGAGGUGAAUCACAUGAGGAGGAGAUAAUAUUUCCGCAGCUCAAUUGUUUGAAACUUGAAGGGUUACGAAAGCUGAGAAGCUUCUAUAAAGGAAGUUUAUUAAGUUUCCCAUCAUUGGAGGAAUUGUCAGUAAUGGAGUGCGAGUGGAUGGAAACAUUAUGUCCAGGUACCCUAAAAGCAGACAAGUUGGUUCAAGUUCAACUUAACAGAUACUCAGAUGCUAUCAAAUUGGAAAAUGACCUGAACUCUACCAUGCGGGAGGCAUUUGGGAAAAAGUUAUGGGACUCUGGAAAGAAAUAUGUUGACCUCAAAGAUAGCCCGCUACAAGAGAUAUGGCUUAGGCUUCACUCACUGCAUAUCCCCCCACACUUCUGCUUCACUUACUUAGACACCUUGAUUGUGGACGGCUGCCAUUUUUUAUCAGAUGCGGUGUUACCCUUCUCUUUACUUCCUUUAUUGCCUAAAUUGAAAACAUUGAAAGUUCGAAACUGUGAUUUUGUGAAAAUCAUAUUUGAUGUGACAACUAUGGGACCACUCCCUUUUGCCCUGGAGGAUUUGAUUUUAGAGCGGCUGCCAAAUCUGGAGAAUGUUUGGAAUUCAAAUGUUGAGCUUACGUUCCCCCAAGUCAAGUCAUUGGCGCUGUGUGAUCUGCCAAAGUUAAAGUAUGACAUGUUGAAGCCAUUUACACAUCUAGAACCACAUACUCUAAAUCAAGUCUGUAUUCAAAAGCUUACACCCAACAUAGAGCACCUGACACUCGGUCAACAUGAACUCAACAUGAUUUUGAGUGGAGAAUUCCAGGGAAACCACUUAAACGAGUUAAAAGUGCUUGCUCUGUUCUUUCAUAUUGAAUCCGAUGUAUUUCUACAACGGGUGCCCAAUAUAGAGAAGCUUGAGGUGCGUGAUGGUUCCUUCAAAGAGAUUUUCUGCUUUGAUAGCCUUAAUGUGGAUGAGGAUGGAUUGGUUUCACAGCUGAAAGUGAUAUGCCCGGACUCCCUUCCAGAGCUUGUUUCCAUUGGGUCAGAGAACUCUGGGAUUGUGCCCUUUCUCAGAAAUCUAGAAACAUUGCAAGUAAUCAGCUGUUUGAGUUCAAUAAAUCUGGUACCAUGCACAGUGUCUUUCUCCAAUCUGACAUAUUUGCAAGUAUACCGUUGCAAGAGUCUGCUAUAUUUGUUCACAUCCUCAACAGCAAGAAGUUUGGGUCAACUCAAAACAAUGGAGAUAGGUUGGUGUGAUUCAAUUGAAGAGAUAGUGUCUUCAACAGAGGAAGGGGAUGAAUCAGAUGAGAAUGAGAUAAUAUUUCAGCAGCUCAAUUGUUUGGUACUUGAACAUUUAGGAAAGCUGAGAAGGUUCUACAAAGGGAGUUUAAGUUUCCCGUCCUUGGAGGAAUUCACAGUAAAGUAUUGCAAGAGGAUGGAAAGUUUGUGUGCAGGUAAAGUCAAAACAGACAAGCUGUUACAAGUGACAUUCCAUUGGUCAGAAGGUGUUAUCCCAUUGGAAACUGAUCUGAACUCUGCCAUGCAAAAGCGAUAGGCAUUUCUGGCAAGGGCAAUGACUCCAAUAUUACUAUUAGAGGAGAUUGAUUCACCAACAAAAAAUGGUUAGAGGAGAUGAACAAAUUAAGUGGCCCGGUGCCUACCCAAAAAAAAAAGUGGCCCAGUUUUAUUAUUUUUGUUUGUGUGUGAAUAAAAAAUGAAUUGUGUGUGUGGUCUACCCAGUUAGUAGUAAAAUACAUUGUUCUAUUCUAUUUAUUAUGUAAUGUGUGUGAUUAUAAGUCUUAAACGACCCUGGAGAAUAAAAAUGAGGUGAUAACUUGUUAGUUUGUAA